GUGCAAUCUGUGAUCCUUGGGACCUCCCUACUCUAAACCCAUAUACCCUAACUAUAACCAUAACCUAACCCUACCAUUUUAAAUGUCAAUUUCCCAAGGAUUCCAGAUUGCACCAACCGUGAUGCUAAUAAUACAUAUAUAUGCCUUGUAUUCAAAGUUUGUAGUUACCACAUCCGGGUCUUUUGCGUCCUUAGUUACCAUUCGGAAAGAGAAACAUCACCACCCCUGCCUACACAGCUAUCAGAGCACCCAUGGAUAUUACGAGAGGCAGUUUAGAUGAUAUCUCCCGCCCGGCAUCCAACGAGCGUUCUCGCCCGGGUAGCCGUGUAUCAACUGUGUCACUGCCUGACGUCGGGAGAGUUUUUCAUCCCAGCCCGACGUCCCUGGUGGUCCUUAGCGAUGAUGCCCCCAACAAUAAGCAGGAUCACAGCAACUCACAUGAAAACCUCAGGUCUCCAGAUGAAAGUCUUCCUGAGAAAGAACACUCCAAUGGAGAUGUAUCUGAUGAGGAGAACGAAGAUCCAGAACUCCAGAAGGCCAUCAAGAAAAUGAAAAUACUUGACAAAAUCUUGGCUUCAAGGAUCUCAAAUGAAAAAGAGGUCAAGAGAAAAGGAAAGGAGCUCCAUCAGAAACUAUGGCAGGAACUAUUGCAGAUAAAGCCCAACAGAUCUUCAGAAUGGGCAGAUGAAGCAGAAAAUACAAGGAUGUUUUUGUCCCUGGCUCCUUCCAGUACUCACGGAUCCAGUGAAGAAUUGGACUUUGCUCCUGUGUUUGGGACUCAAGUGCCUGACAAAGAGUAUGAAAGACACAACAGACAAGUGGAGGAAAGUGAAAAGGACCUCAACACCACAGCAGCAGACUUGGCUGAAGUGUGUCACGAAGAGAGGGCAGACGAGUCAGAAGGCAGCCAGAGUGGGGUUCCCAGGGGCAAAAAUAAACAAGACUUUGUAAAGAAAAAUAUUGAGUUGGCGAGUGGUGCUGGAGGCCCAGUGCAGAUGACACAGGAGGAGAAGUAUCGUCUCGAGGAGCUCCUCAGAGACAUGGAGGAAGGGGACAAUGCUGGGAAGGCAGGCUGUGAGGGAGACAUGUGGGCCGCUCCAGUGCAAGCGGGUGAGGGUUACACCCCCGAACCAACAGAACGAGACCAGCUAAUUCACAUUGACUCCAGACUGCAGCUUCUCCUUCCUGUUGAAGACUUCCUGUCUGUGCGAAGCCCCUACCCUGACCACAGUCUGCCCCAGGCCCAGGAUCUGGAGGCUGGCUGGGACAGGUUGCCAGGAGAGAAGGUCCUGCAGGAUAUAAGGGAGAAGAGAGGGCAGGAGAGGCGUCUCCAAGAGAUCCAGCUGCAGCUAGAGCUGCUGGGCCAGGGCCAAGAAAUGACUUUUGACAAACCAAUACUACUGGAGGAGCAGCUGAUGACUCUGUUGGAUGAGUAUGAGAUAUCACAGAGCUGGGGACAUGGUCUGGGGAAAAGGGACACAUCACCCAGGGACAACUCUGAUACGGAGAGCCUGCCGGACAGCACCCCCCGUCUCUCUGACUAUAUCCUGUCAGAGUUGCUUAGAGAUGCAUACACCACCAGCUUUAGCCAGUUGGACAAAGCCACCACUAUGUGUUCACCAUAGAGUAUUAACACAAAUGUUGGGUGUGACAAAUGUAGAAAUGUGUAUAUUUACUGUGCAUUCAGAAAGUAUUCAGACCCCUUGACUUUUUCCACAUUUUAUUACAUUACAGCCUUAUACUAAAAUU